UGUCAAUGUCCACGCCGGCCUACAGCUGCCUCACAUCCCUUUUAUAUUCUGCCAACUUUCAAACAUAAUUUAGCCCAAUCCUCCUCCUCUUCUUCUUCUUCUUCUUCUUCACCUUUGUCUGUAUUCUCCAUUUCUCUGUCAAUUCAAACGGGAAGCAUAACAACAUGAGGUUGCAACUUUUUGCGAUUGCAGGUUUACUGUUACUUAUGUUACCACCAAUCUCCGCUAGAUUCUUCCCCAACGUUUCAUCAAUUCCACCGGGUUUUGUCCCUAACGCCACAGCCCCUGCUUGGGACUCCUUCAAGAAAUUUGCUGGCUGCCGCGCCGGCGAAAAUUUCGAUGGCUUAUCCAAGCUCAAGCAAUACUUUCAUUACUUCGGCUACAUUCCUAAUUCCCCCUCUAACUUCACCGACGAUUUUGACGACGCUUUUGAGUCUGCUCUCAAAACCUAUCAACAAAAUUUCAAUCUUAACGUCACUGGUGAGCUCGACCAGCAAACGCUUAACAAGCUUGUACAGCCAAGAUGCGGCAACGCCGAUAUAGUUAACGGUACCACCACCAUGAACUCCGGCAAGUGGACGGCGUUUAACAGCACCUCUCUCUUCCACACCGUCGGUCACUACACGUUCUUUCCCGGCAAUCCACACUGGCCAGACAGCAAACGAGAUCUGACUUACUCGUUUUUCCCCGGUAACGAAUUGACUGAAGAGGAGAAGAGCGUCUUCGCACGCGCUUUUGACCGCUGGUCGACAGUCAUACCUAUGACUUUCACGCAGACCGAUUCUUUCACCACCGCCGAUAUCACGAUCGGGUUUUUUAGUGGUGACCACGGUGACGGAGAGCCGUUUGAUGGGGUUUUGGGGACUUUAGCCCACGCUUUCUCCCCGCCAAGCGGGCGGCUUCAUUUGGACCUCGAUGAGAACUGGGUGGACUCCGGCGAUGUUAGCACCUCGCCGAUAUUAUCGGCGGUGGAUCUAGAGUCAGUUGCCGUGCACGAAAUUGGGCAUUUGUUAGGGUUGGGACAUUCCUCCAUUGAAGAGGCGAUCAUGUACCCUAGCAUUCCUUCACGAACGAGAAAGGUUGAAUUGGCGCAAGACGAUAUCGACGGGAUACAGCAGCUUUACGGUAAGAACCCGAAUUAUAACGGGACGUCAACCUCGUCCAUUCAGGAGAGGGAGACCAGUGGGGCCGAUUAUGUACAUUCUAGGUGGAGCCUUAUCAGUUUCUUGAUGUGUGUUGGAUUUCUUUUGCUGCUUUUGUAAUUUUUUUAUUAUUAUUUUGAAUUUGUUGGAUUUAUUUGUAUGCAGAUACUGUCACAGUAUACCAUAUACCAUUUUUACGAUUUACAUUAUUUUUAUAUAAUAAUAAUAUUUUUCUAAAA